AUGGCUUGGCUGAGGAAACCUGAGCUGGUGGGUUCUUUCUUUUCUCUCCCACAAGUGCCUUUGAGGCUGCAUCCUCCCCUUCUUUUUGAGCGCUUCCUAGUGGCUCAUCAAACAAAGCUUGAGGCUUUCCUCAUCAAGGACACAUGGUGCUUGAACAAGUCUAUCAGCUCGUGGCCAUCAGAUCGUGGUCUCUCAACUCUAGGCCUCUCAAGGCGUGGUUUCUCAAUCCUUGGUCCCUUAUCAACUCCUUUGUCCUUCUCAACCUUAUCUCUCACAACUCUUGGCUCUUUUCAACCUUUUCCUUCACAACCUUAG